GGUCACAGAACUGCAUGAUGAAAAUGAGAAGAUAGGAGGAGAAAAGAUUUCUUUCUCUUUCGCUCUUUUUCCAUUUUACUUUUUUUUUCACACACACACUACUUUUUUUUUUUUUUAUCCCCUACCCUUAUAUUAGUUUCCACAUGUCACUUAAGAAUCAAAUCAUUGUUGUUGGUGGAGGACUUUCUGGUCUUUCAGCUGCUCAUACUAUUUAUGAACAAGGUGGUAAUGUCUUAUUAUUAGACAAAAACCCCUUUUUUGGUGGUAACUCUACUAAAGCAACAUCUGGUAUCAAUGGAGCAUUGACUCGAACUCAAAUUAAACAAGGUAUCAAGGAUUCUGUUGAACAAUUUUAUCAAGAUACAUUGAAAAGUGCUCGUGACUUGGCUAGACCUGAUUUGAUUAAUGUAUUGACGGGUCGUUCAGCUUCAGCUGUGGAAUGGCUUCAAGAUAAGUUUGAAUUGGAUCUUUCACUUGUUUCUCGUUUGGGUGGACAUACAUUCCCUCGUACACAUCGUGGCAAGGAACAAUUCCCUGGAAUGACCAUUACUUAUGCAUUGAUGGAAGGUUUGGAAGAAUUGGCCGUGAAAGAAAAAGAACGUGUUCAUAUCAUCAAGAAAGCCAAGGUAGAAUCUCUUAUUCGUGAUAACAACAAUAAUGUCAUUGGUGUAGAAUAUGUAUUGGUGGGUAGUUCAGCUGAUGGCAAGACAUACAAACAAUAUGGUCCUGUGGUACUUGCUACUGGUGGUUAUGCUGCCGAUUUUGGUCCAAAUUCUCUUCUUAAAGCCAAUCGACCUGAAUUGUUCAACUUGUCAACUACAAACGGUGAUCACUGUACUGGUGAUGGUAUCAAGAUGGCUGCUGCUGCUGGUGCUAAUUUGAUUGAUUUGGAAAAAGUGCAAGUACAUCCUACUGGGCUUGUGGAUCCUAAAGAACCCGAUGCAAAGGUCAAGUUCUUGGCUGCUGAAGCUCUUCGUGGUUGUGGUGGUUUGCUUUUGGAUAAUGAAGGCAAUCGUUUCUGUGAUGAAUUGGGUCAUCGUGAUUAUGUGACUGGUAAGAUGUGGGAAAACAACAAGUUCCCUAUCCGUUUGGUCCUCAACACUGCUGCUUCCAAGGAAAUCGAAUGGCAUUGUCGUCAUUAUGCUGGUCGUGGUUUAAUGAAACGUUUUGAUUCUGGUGAAGCCUUGGCCAAAGAAAUGGGUAUUCCUCCAAACAAGUUGGCUGACACUUUUGAAACCUAUAACAAGAUUGCUGAUGGUAAAAUCAAGGAUCCUUGGGGUAAACGUUUCUUCCAUAAUGUCCCUAUCAAAAUGUCUGAUUACUUUUAUGUGGCUCAUAUGCAACCUGUCCUUCAUUAUACUAUGGGUGGUGUUGAAAUCACUCCAGAAGCACAAAUCAAAAGUGCUGGUGGUUCAGUUGUACCAGGAUUAUUUGCUGCUGGAGAAAUGUGUGGUGGUGUACAUGGAGCCAAUCGUCUUGGAGGUUCUUCUUUACUUGGUUGUGUUGUAUUUGGUCGUGUGGCUGGUCAAAGUGCAGCUAAAUAUCAAUAUAGUCAACUCAUCAAUCAAACUUCUUCAACUCCUCAACAACGUCUUGGUGCCAUUGCUCAACAUUUGAAUGGAGGUGUUGGUAUUAGUUUGGUCGUCAAUCCUACUGAUCCUGGUCGUAUUAAUCUUGAAAUUAAUGUGGGUGAUGGUUCUAAUGCUCCUGUUGCUUCCUCUUCUGUUCCUUCCGCUCCUGCUCCUGCUACUCCUGUUGCUGAAGAACCUUCAAAACAAGAUGAACCUAAAAAAAUGGGUGAAUAUACUUUGGAAGAUGUUGCCAAACACAAUACUGAUAAAGAUUGUUGGGUUGUGGUCAAUGGUCAAGUCUUGAAUGUUACUGACUUUUUAAGUGAACAUCCUGGAGGCAAGAAGGCUAUUAUGAUCUAUGCUGGACGUGAUGCUACUGAAGAAUUCAACAUGAUGCACAAACCUGAUGUUGUGGAAAAGUAUGCUCCUUAUGCUAUCAUUGGUACUCUCAAGAAAUAAUUAGGUUGAUUUUAGUUUAGUUAUAUAUAUAUACAUUUCUUUUUUUUCUUCUUUUCCCUUUUUUUUUUUUUUGGCUUCCAUCAAUAAAGUAC